AAAUAACGUUAUUCGAGAGUAAAACAGUAUGCUCUUUUCCGCAUAAAUGCCUCUCUCUUUAUUAAAAAGAAGAUUAUAGCUAUCUACAUGGCAGUUUGUUGUUGUUAAGAAGUCAUGCUGAAGUUCAAGUACAUCAGUCAAGGAAGCCUGAAAACGCUGUCGUCCAGUGCGGACCCCAUCAGCAGCCGCAGCUCACGACUCAACCAAGUGUUUCAGGGCAGAGUCAGCCUGUGUGGGCAGCAGGGAGGAUGUUCUGUGGGUCGGGAAGAGUUUCUGGAGGCUCUGCUGCUUCUCUACCAGGAGUGUACUUCACCAGAGCUUAUGAAGUUUCAUCAUGUGGCAAACUUUGUCAACAAAUUUUCUGAAGUCAUCUCAGAGCUCCGAGCCCUGCAGCCUAGUCCUCAUGACUUCGAGCUGCGUGCAGUCGUGGGCCGUGGCCACUUUGCUGAAGUCCAAGUAGCACGGGAGAAGGCUACUGGGGAUGUUUGUGCACUGAAAGUCAUGAAUAAGACAGUUCUGCGCAGUCAGGACAAUGUGGUUUUUCAUGAAGAGGAGCGCAGGAUCCUGGCUCUAAACAGCAGUCCAUGGAUCCCACAGCUUCUCUAUGCUUUCCAGGAUAAAGAUCAUGUCUACCUGGCAAUGGAGUACUUGCCAGGUGGAGACCUGAUGUCCCUGCUAAAUCGAUAUGAGGAUCAGUUUGAUGAGUCCAUGGCUCAGUUCUAUUUGGCUGAGCUGGUUGAGGCCAUUCAUGCUGUCCAUCAGCUUGGCUAUGUUCACAGAGAUGUCAAACCAGAGAAUGUUCUCAUCGAUCGGACCGGUCACAUUAAGCUGGCAGACUUUGGAUCUGCUGCCAGGCUGAUGGCUAACAAAACAGUGGCAGCUCCCACAGUACCUGUUGGGACGCAGGACUUUCUCUCCCCUGAGGUCCUGGCAGCUGUGAACGGUGGCUCACAUAGCACCUACGGGGUUGAGUGUGACUGGUGGUCCCUUGGGGUCAUAGCUUAUGAGAUGAUCUAUGCUAGGUCGCCCUUUUCUGAUGGCACUUCUAUCAAGACCAUCAAUAACAUCCUUAACUUCCAGCGCUUCCUUAAGUUUCCGGAGGAGCCGCGGGCCAGUAAGCAGUUUGUAGAUCUGGUGCAGAGCUUACUGUGUGGAGCCAAAGAGCGACUAGGCUUCCAGGGACUCCGCUGUCACUCUUUUUUCUCCACUGUAGACUGGAACAACUUAAGACAAGUUCUCCCGCCUUUCGUUCCUGCAUUGCACGCUGAAGAUGACACCUCUAAUUUUGAGGAGCCGGAGCAGGCAACCCCCCGGUCAGCCUCAGCAGCCCGGCAAGGAGCUCCGCCAGCGGGCUUCCAGGGCCAGGAUCUGCCCUUUCUAGGCUGGUUCUUCAGCAGAACGUUGACAACAUUGGCCAAAACUGAGUCAGUGUCUGCAGGCCUCAACUCUCCUGCCAAGACCAACUCCAUGGAAAAGAAGCUACACCUUAAAAGCAAAGAACUACAAGAAACUCAAGACAAAUGUCACAAGAUGGAGCAGGAGAUCUCCAGGUUUCAGCGUAAGAUGACUGACCUGGAGUCAGUGCUUCACCAGAAGGAUGUGGAGCUUAAGGCCUCUGAGACGCAGAGAAGUAUCCUGGAGCAGGAUCUUGCCACCUACAUUACCGAGUGUAGUAGCCUGAAGCGGAGCUUGGAGGAGGCACGUGUGGAGGUCUCCAGAGAGGAUGACAAGGCCAUGCAGCUGCUACACGACAUCCGCGAACAAAGCAACAAGCUGCAGGAAAUUAAAGAACAAGAAUACCAUGCUCAGCUGGAGGAGAUGCAAGUGACUAUCAGACAGCUGGAGGAGGACCUGUCUGCCGCCCGACGCCGCAGCGACCUUUAUGAAGCUGAACUUAGAGACUCCAGACAGACAAGUGAGGAACUCAAAAGGAAAGCUGUGGAAUACCAGCAGAGAAUCCAGAAGGCCAAAGAGCAGGGCAAGGCUGAGGUGGAGGAGCUUCUUUCCAAACUGGAAAAGACUAAUUCUGAGCAGCAGAUUAAAAUCCAAGAGCUCCAGGACAAACUAUCAAAGGCAGUGAAAGCGAGCACAGAAGCAACUGAACUACUGCAGAAUGUCCGGCAGGCCAAAGAGCGGCUGGAACGAGAUCUGGAGCGUCUACGGGGCAAAACCGACUCCAGUGACACACUCAAACGCCGCCUGAGAGAGACAGAGCAGGAGGGCAGGAAGACCCUGGAGAACCAGGUAAAGAGGCUGGAGAUGGUUGAGCGACGGGAGAAUAAGCUGAAGGAUGACAUUCAGACCAAAUCCCAGCAGAUCCAGCAGAUGGCUGAAAAGAUCCUGGAACUUGAGGAAAACCUGAGGGAUGCCCAGUCAACAGCUCAGAGAAUGGAAACCCAGCUGGUUCAGAAAGAGAGGCUUUAUGAAGACAAGAUUAAGGUUCUGGAGGCCCAGAUGAAGGUGGAUCUGGCUGACAAGGAGAGCCUCGAGGCCAGAAGGGCCCAGCAAGAGGAGGAGUCGAGGGAAAACUGCAAACUGAUCAGUGAACAGAAAGCAACCAUUAAUGCCAUGGACUCCAAAAUGAAGAACCUAGAGCAGCGGAUCGCUGAACUGUCUGAGGCUAAUAAGCUGGCCGCUAACAGCAGCAUCUACACCCAGAAGAAUAUGAAAGCUCAAGAAGAGAUGAUCUCAGAACUUCGGCAGCAGAAGUUUUAUUUGGAGUCUCAGGCAGGCAAACUCGAAGCCCAGAAUGCCAAGCUGGAAGAGCACCUGGAGAAGAUGAGUCAGCAGGAGCAGACGAAGAGGACUCGUCUGAUGGAGCUGGAGAGCCGGCUGCGGGAGAUGGGCCUCGAACAUGAAGAAGAGAAACUGGAGAUCAAGAGACAGGUGUCAGAGCUGACGCUUUCACUGCAGGAGCGCGAGUCCCAGAUUAGCAGCCUGCAGGCUGCACGUCUUGCUCUGGAGAGCCAGCUGCAGCAAGCGAAGACUGAGCUGGAGGAGACCACUGCUGAGGCUGAGGAGGAGAUCACUGCCCUCAGGAAUCACAGAGAUGAAAUUCAGCGCAAGUUUGAUGCCUUGAGAGACAGCUGCUCAGUGAUUACCGACCUGGAGGAGCAACUUACUCAGCUGAGUCAGGAGAAUGCUGAGCUGAACCGCCAGAACUUCUACCUGUCCAAACAGCUUGAUGAAGCAUCAGAUGAGAGGGAGGACCAACUGCAGCUCAGCCAGGAAGUGGACAGGCUGAGAAGGGAAGUGGCCGACCGUGAGAUGCACCUCAACAAUCAGAAGCAGAAUAUUGAGACUCUGAAGACCACAUGCAGCAUGCUGGAGGAGCAGGUAGUGGAGCUGGAGUCGCUAAAUGAUGAGCUGCUGGAGAAGGAGAGGCAGUGGGAGGCUUGGAGAGGAGCCCUGGAAGAUGAAAAAAGCCAAGCCGAGAGACGCACCAGAGAUCUCCAGAGACUGUUGGACAAUGAAAAACAGAACAGGCUUCGUGCAGACCAGCGCAGCACCGAAUCUCGGCAAGCAGUGGAACUUGCAGUCAAGGAGCACAAGGCUGAGAUACUAGCCUUACAGCAGGCUUUGAAAGAGCAGAGACUGAAGGCAGAGAGCCUGUCUGACACUCUCAAUGAUCUGGAAAAGAAGCAUGCCAUGCUGGAGAUGAAUGCCCGCAGCUUACAGCAGAAACUCGAGACUGAGAGAGAACUGAAACAGAGGCUCAUGGAGGAGCAAGGGAAGCUCCAGCAGCAGAUGGACCUGCAGAAAAGCCACAUUUUCCAUCUGACCCAAGGCCUUCAGGAUGCUCUGGACCGGACCGAUAUGCUGAAGACUGAGAGGACUGAUCUGGAAUAUCAGCUGGAAAAUAUACAGGCUGUAUACUCCCAUGAGAAGGUGAAGAUGGAGGGAACUAUAUCCCAGCAGACCAAACUCAUCGACUUCCUUCAGGCCAAAAUGGACCAGCCUACCAAGAAAAAGAAAGGAAUUUUUGGGCGAAGGCGUGAGGAUGUAGGCACCACAACCAAUGGGGCACUGGCUCCUCAGGCCCAACCAACAGUUCCAAUGCAGUACAGUGACAUGAAAAUGGCUUUAGAGAAAGAGCGCUCAAGAUGUGCAGAGCUAGAAGAGGCUCUGCAGAAGAUGAGGAUAGAGCUGCGAUCCCUCAGGGAGGAAGCGGCUCAUUUCAAAGCCCAGGAACACGUAGCUCCUUCCACACCAGCCCAGGCUCGACAUCAAAUCCUCAUGUCUGCCAUCGUCAAAUCCCCAGAGCAUCAGCCCAACCCCAGCAGCCUGCUCAACCCCUCAACUCGCUGUAAAGAGACCUCUACACCCGAAGAAAAGAGGAGGGUCACCUUUGAAAAGUUUGGGCGACGUGUGAAGGAAAGAAUGCACCACAACAUCCCUCAUCGAUUCACUGUGGGCCUUAACAUGAGAGCUGCCAAGUGUGCCGUCUGCCUGGACACUGUGCAUUUUGGACGACAGGCUGCCACUUGUCUAGAGUGCCACACCCUGUGUCAUCCAAAAUGCUCGCCAUGCCUUCCAGCCACCUGCGGCCUGCCAGCUGAGUAUGCCACCCAUUUUUCAGAGGCUUUGUGCCGAGAAAAGGCAAACUCACCUGCACUGCAGGUCAAAGAGGCUAGUGGGCAUGUUCGCUUGGAGGGAUGGAUGAAGCAGCCCAGAAAUGGAAAACGUGGCCAGCAGGGCUGGGAGAGGAAAUACGUGGUCCUGGAUGGAACUAAAGUGUCGAUCUAUGACAAUGAGCCCAGAGAAGACUGUAUUAAGGCUGAGGAGGAGUUUGAGCUGUGUUUGCCUGAUGGAGAGGUGACUGUUCAUGGUGCUGUUGGAGCUUCUGAGCUCAUCAACACUGCCAAAUCAGACAUCCCUUAUGUGUUAAAGCUGGAGUCACAUCCCCACACCACCUGCUGGCCUGGUCAGUCCCUCUACUUCAUGGCUCCCAGUUUUCCUGACAAACAGCGCUGGGUGGCUGUACUGGAGUCUGUGGUGGCCGGUAGCCGUGGCUCUAAAGACAAAGUGGAUGCUGAUGCUGCAGGUGUUUCUAAAAGACAGAAGAACCUAUCCCCUCUGGUUCAGAAACUUCUGGGCAACUCACUACUGAAGCUGGAGGGUGACGACCGUUUGGACAUCAACUGCACUCUGCCGCUCACAGACCAGAUUGUGUUGGUCGGCUCUGAGGAGGGUUUAUAUGCCCUGAACGUCAUAAAGAACUCCUUGACCCACAUCCCUGGCCUAACAUCGGUCUUUCAGAUCCAGAUCCUGAAGGAGCUCGAUAAGCUGCUGAUGAUCACUGGAGAGGAGAGAGCUCUGUGUCUGGUGGAAAUCAAAAAGGUGAAGCAGUCUUUGUCACAGUCCCAUCUCCCAGCUCAGCCGGACCUCAACCCUUUCAUCUUUGAAACAGUCAAAGGAUGCCACCUGUUUUCCUCUGGAAAAAUUGACAAUGGGACCUGUAUCUGUGCAGCUAUGCCCAAUAAAAUCACUAUUCUGCGACUUAACGAGAGCCUCAACAAGUUUUGCAUUAGAAAGGAAAUUGAGACCUCAGAGCCUUGUAGCUGCAUCCACUUCACCGGCUACAGUAUUAUUAUUGGCACAAACAAAUUUUAUGAGAUUGAGAUGAAGCAGUAUGUGUUGGAAGAGUUCCUGGAUAAAAACGACGUGACGCUAGCUUCAGCUGUCUUCGCCGCGUCCUCCCACAGUUUUCCCAUUUCCAUCAUCCAGGUCACCACAGCUCCACAGAAGGAUGAGUACCUGCUCUGUUUCCAUGAGUUUGGUGUGUUUGUGGACGCAUAUGGACGCAGGAGUAGAAACGAUGACAUCAAAUGGAGCCGGCUGCCUCUUUCAUUUGCCUACAGGGAGCCUUACCUGUUUGUGACCUAUUUCAACUCAUUGGACGUUAUUGAGAUUCAGGGACAUGCUGCCCUUGGACCACACUCCUAUGCUCACCUGGACAUCCCAAACCCACGUUACCUUGGCCCAGCCAUUUCCUCUGGCGCCAUCUACCUGGCCUCAUCCUACCAAAACAAACUGCGGGUCAUCUGCUGCAAAGGCAACCUGGUCCAAAGCCAAGAGGGAGGAGACCUGCAGCGUAACGGCUCUGGACGCAGCCCAAACAAGCGCGGGCCUCCUUCCUACAAUGAGCACAUCUCCAAAAGGCUGGCGGCCAAUCCCUUAGCACACGGCGAUCCGGGAACUCCACACCGGUACCGAGAGGCCCGCACAGAGUUUCGUCGUGACAAGUCCCCCAGCCGUCCUCUGGAGAGAGAGAAGUCCCCCGGCAGGAUGCUGGAAAGCCGGAUUGUGGGUUCUCCGGGCAGGGCCAUGGCUGACCCACGGUUGGAGCGCUCCCCGGGAAGGGCCAUGGCAGACCCGCGAAUGGACCGCUCCCCCGGCCGGAUGAUGGAUGUACGCAGAGAGAGGUCCCCAGGACGUUAUGAAGAGCGCCAACGGCUCCAUACUGGCUCUGGAAGGACCCCUAUAAACCCUGUUAACAAGGUGUGGGACCAGUCAUCUGUUUGAGGCACAGCGCCACAUACUCAGCAUGGGCAGAAGGAGGGAACAGAGAACCAGUGAAAAUGUCACCAACUCAUGAUGAAACACUGCCACAUGUCUGUUUUGUCUGACGCAUAAACCGCAAACAAAGGAAACAACUGAAGCUGUCAGAACAGAAAGAGCAGAGGACAAAUGAGUAGAUGUCAUUAGAAUCAGGUUAUUUCUCUCAAACACUUGACCCCAGUCAAUAAAGGUCAACAAAAUGCCAUAUUAACAACUUUUUGAGCAGGGUUCAUUGAACUAUUUGAUCUCUACUCUGAGAAGGGAUUAGUAAAUGUAUUUCAUUUCUUCAAUAGUAUAAAUUCUGGGAUGUGACUUCACAGCUUACGGUCAGGUGUGGGUUUCGCUAGCUUCAGUUAACCCCACACAGUAGUGACUAUGAUAGACAAGCACAGCCGUAGCAACCGGAUCUUACAAACAAAUGCCUGAAUGUCCGUAUUUCAGAGUUAAACACAAAAUACAGCUGGCUUCUCUUCACACUCAGCUCUGUCUACAGUAGCAACAGAUCAGGGCAGGACAGAACUGUAACCAUUUGUGGCUCCAGGCCUGCGCUGACAUGUCAGCACAAUCAUUAUCAGCUAAUUACAAUCAUUCUCUUCUAAUCUCAGUCUCCUGUCGAGGCUUUGAUUAGUUAUGGUGACAGUACAUGGCCGGAGCAAAAGCACCAAAUUUCAAUCAAAAUCCGAGUAAACAUCAACGUCCCCGCCCCUGUAGAACACACACACCGCUGAUGAUUGUGUGCCCUCUCGUAGGUCAACACUAAAACUGCACUACCCACAAUCCCCAGCAGCAAUGGAGCAGGACCUUUCUAAUCCUUCAGAACGCUAUCUGACUGUAAAUAAACAAGACAUAAUUUUAUAUAUAUUGAGAAGGAAUUUCAAGGCUGGAUAAGCCAUGUCUAUUUUUGUUAAAGAAAAAGUGAUUACGUGUUCUAUUGAAUGUCUAAUGAGUAUUCUUUUAAUAUGUCCAAAUGUCCUUUACCAAGUGAGUGAUUGUAUCUGGAUCCCACUCGUGUAUGCACUUCCAUCUGUCAAAGGCAAACCUCAAUGCUGAAUUAUAUGAGACGAGGGAAAAAAAAGAUCAUGUCUGAAGCUUAAAACAUAGUACUUUUUGUACCAUGUCCCUUAUAUUGUAUAUAACCAAAAUGUUCAAGGUAAAGAUGAAAACAGUUUAAAAAAAAUACGUUUUUUUUUUUUUUUUCCCUGAUUCGUAAAUGGCAUGGAUAUGUACAGUAUAUCUGAAAUGGAACGGAGUGUUGUGUUCUGCUUCUGCCUCAUUUGGGUUCCAUUUUAAUUCCAUAAUUUAACAACAAAAGCACGUAAAGAACAUGUCCUUUCUCUUAAAUAAUCCUAUUUGCACAGUAAACUCAUUUGAUUAUAACUUCUCAGUCUUUUAUUUUCUUUUGUUAAGACACUUUUGGCAAGUUAAAAACUAAGUCCAAGAUGCUAAAAUCCAUCCAAAUUACUAUAUGAUUUUAUUCAUGUAUAUUCUAAUUAAUGAAAAUGUUAUAUUUUUGUGGGUUUUAUUUCUACUUCACAUAUACAGUAUAAAAAGAGGAGAUGCCGUCCUUUAACUUGCCCAUUGUGUCUGCUGGCUGUAGGGCGCUCAAUAGGAAGAUGUUUCUUCAGCUUUCUGAAGUCACAGUUUUACUUGUAAAAUCUUCCUGAAUGUAUUAAAGCCAAGAAGGAGCUAAUUUACUGGUUGUUCAACAAAGCACCUAGUGCUACAGAUUGCACAAGUUUUCUACUGGUCUCUCAAAGGGUUUUCCAUUUUAUUUUCCUAUUCUUUUCUCUUUGAAUUUCUUUUCACAUGAUCCUGAAUCAUAAUGCUGUAACGCUGGAUAUGAUAUUGAUGUCUGCUAACAAAUGUUUUAAUAGCGUUCCCUGUAGAGAUUUUGUCACAGAAUAUUAAAUAUUAUAACCAUUGUC